AUGACUUCUCCGGUAAAUGGAACUGAAAUUAAGUUCCGUCCCGUUCAAAUCAAUACUCUAGGUGAUUAUGUACGACAAAAUAAUUCUGCUUGGCGUUCACGUAAUUUUUCCAAUAGACAACGUGAUCUCGAUUGGUAUAACUAUAUGAGACGACAAGCUAAUGUUCCACUUGAACAGGGUAUUCCCUAUGGUAAAGUACGAAAUUCGAGAAUUUUAUCGCCACCGGAAGACGUCGUUAUAUCAGAAAAUGAUGAUAUUGGUUUGAGUAAAUUAGAUUUUACUUCUCCACCAGUCACAUUAACAUGGCUCGACUUAGAAGUUACAGCGCCACCAAAAGAUAAAGGUCUUAAGCGAACACUAACAAAGUUAUUGUGUCCAUCGAAAGAAGUCGGUGAACCGAAAGUUUUGCUCAAAGGAGUCAGUGGUAUUGUUAAACCAGGUCAACUGGUAGCUAUCAUGGGUGCUAGUGGUGCUGGUAAAACAACAUUGAUGAAUGUCUUAGCACAUCGGCGGCCGGGUUCACUGAAAGUAUCUGGAGAAGUAAGAGUCAAUGGAACGAAAAUGGGCCGUCAUAUUAAUCGAGUAGCUGGUUAUGUUCAACAAGAAGAAUUAUUUGUACCAUCGAUGACAACACGAGAACAUUUACACUUCCAUGCCAUGCUACGAUUAAAUCGUGAUAUAACAAAAGAGCAACGUUUGAAUCGCGUCGAGGAAUUGUUGAAUUUUUUGAAUUUGAAGAAAACUGAGAACACGCUGAUUGGUGAACCUGGUCGUAUCAAAGGUUUAUCUGGUGGUGAAAAGCGACGUUUAUUAUUUGCUUCUGAAGUUCUGAAUGAUCCACCAUUAUUAUUUGCUGAUGAACCAACAUCUGGUCUUGACGGAAGUAUGGCUUUCAUUAUUUGUGAUGCAAUGCGUAAACUAUGCAAUCAAGGUAAAACAAUUGUUUGUACAAUUCAUCAGCCAUCAAGUGAAAUUUUCCAAUUAUUCGACACACUUUACUUGAUGGCAGAAGGACGUGUUGCUUAUUUUGGAUCAAGAAAAAACGCUCAAGAGUUUUUUAGUAUGGUUGGGUUUGAUGCACCAGAUAACUAUAACUUGUCGGAUUUCUAUAUACAAACACUGGCCAUAUUACCGUUUGACAAAGAGAAUUCACUUCAGCGUGUCGAAUAUAUUUGUGAUGAAUUCGAACAAACUGCACCCUUUGCUCAACGUGUUGCCGAAGCUAGACAAUUUCACAUGAUUGAUGAUGACCAGACAGAUGUUAUUGGUGGAUUAUUCAAUCGUACACCAAAAUAUAAAGCAAGUUUUUUCACACAGCUUCGCUGGUUAAUGUGGCGGUCGACAAUUGAUAUGUUUAAAAAUCCAUUUGAAUUGCGACUUCGUUUUGUUUUAUCAAUAAUUAUUGGUCUUCUUUUCGGUAUUAUUUUUCUACAGUUAGAAUACAACCAACAAGCAUUUCAAAAUAUAUCAUCAGUUAUAUUUGUUCUCAUUAUUAAUACCUCAUUCUCAAGCGUUCAAUACAGUGCCGAUAGUUACAAUCGGCAAUUACCAUUGUUUUUUAAAGAACAUGACGAUGGAAUUUACCGUACAAUACCUUACUAUGUAUCAAAAAUCACUCUAGAACUUCCAACACAAGCUUUUACAAUAUUUAUAUUAAUAACUAUUGUGUACUGGAUGGUAAACCUAUACGAGGAUGCUAGUAGAUAUUUUAUUUUAGUGGGCAUUAUUAUUUUAUGUGCAUUCGUUGCAAAUUCUAUGGGCGCGCUUAUAGGCGUCUCCAUGCCGUCACCUGAGGCUGCCUCUGCAAUCGUCAUUCCAAUCGUCAUUCCAUUAAUGGUCUUCGCAGGAUUUUUCCUCAGUGCAAAAACAAUACCUAAUUGGCUUAUUUGGAUAAAAUAUCUUUCAUGGCUUUAUUAUUCAAACGAAAUGGCUUUAAUCAAUCAAUGGGAAGAUGUUAAAUCACUUGACUGUAAUCAAGUAGGUAAUAGAACUUGUUAUCGUACUGGUAAUGAUAUUCUUGAUUACUAUGGUUUCAAGAAGGCGCAUUACAAUCGUAAUUUGGGUUUACUUUUUGCUCUUUUUAUUGGAUUUCGAUUGCUUAGUAUUGGCAUUUUAAUUUUACGUGCAAAAUUUCAACGAAGAUCUGGUUAA